CGGAUCAGUAAGUCGCGCCCACCCGCGACAUCGUUUUUCACCUGACUCAUAGUCUCCACAUUCUUCCCUAUCAUCGCCAGCUACUCCUCCAGACCAUGGCCGAAUCCAUAGCAAAGUCGGCAAACGCCGCCUUCAGUCUCCUCAAGACCCUCUCGAACGAUCAGAGAACAGAUGCCUUGACCAAAAUCCACGCUGCGUUGCAGGCAGGCAAGGACGACAUCUUGAAAGCCAACAAGAUCGACAUGGAAAACGCAGAACAAGCAGGCCUCCCCUCGUCUCUCAUCAAGAGAUUGGACCUCUCCAACAGUGGCAAAUUCGACAGCAUGUUGCAGGGAAUCUUGGACGUGGCACGGCUCGAGGACCCAGUGGGUAAAGUCACAUUGGCCAAGAAGUUGGACGAAGGCUUGAAUUUGUACCGGAUUUCAGCACCUAUCGGGGUUCUUUUGAUCAUCUUCGAGUCACGUCCCGAGGUCAUCGCCAACAUCACUGCGUUGGCCAUCAAGUCGGGCAAUUCUGCCAUUUUGAAGGGAGGAAAAGAGUCGUACCAGACAUUCAAGAUCAUGAGUGAAAUCGUCUCAUCAACCUUGCAAGCCCAGACAGCCGUUCCCAGCGACGCCAUCCAGCUCAUCCAGUCGCGUAACGAGGUGGGGGACCUCUUGCUGCAAGACCAGUACAUCGACUUGGUGAUUCCCAGAGGCUCCAACGAGCUUGUCAGAAACAUCAAAUCCAACACCAAGAUCCCCGUCAUGGGCCAUGCUGACGGAAUCUGCUCGAUCUACGUGGACCAGGACUUCGACGUGGCCAAGGCCACCCGAAUUGCCGUAGACUCCAAGACAAACUACCCUGCUGGGUGCAACGCAGUCGAACAGUUGUUGAUCCACAAGAGCAUCGACGAUGCCAAGGUCCAGGCCGUUGUUGGAGGCCUCGUGGACGCUGGCGUCACUGUUCACGUCACUCCGGAAGUGAAGGCCAAAUUGGGUAGCUUGAACCAGGACUACGUCGUGGACGUGGUCGAUGACUCGUUCGACAAGGAAUAUUUGUCGUUUGAUAUCUCUGUCAAGUACGUGGACUCUGUGGAGGCUGCCAUCGAGCACAUCAACAUCCACUCAUCGAAGCACACCGACUGUAUCAUCACCGAGAACAAGGAUACAGCUGAUAAGUUCUUGAAGGCCAUCGACUCGGCUGGAGUCUAUUGGAACUGUUCCACCAGGUUUGCUGACGGUUUCAGAUACGGUUUCGGUACCGAAGUCGGCAUCAGUACCAACAAAAUCCAUGCCAGAGGCCCUGUGGGGUUGGAGGGUUUGAUGAGCUACCAGUACCAGUUGAAGGGAGAUGGCCACAUUGUGGGCGAGUACGUUGGUGGAGGAGGCAACAAGUUGUAUGUGCAUGAGGAUCUCUAGAGUGAAUAAAUGCGGCAGAGAUGAGUAGAGGUAAUUAUUGUAAUUCACGGUGACUUGCAGCAGGUCCGCUACGUGUGAUGGUUACCAAAUCAAUCGAUAGAGUAAUUAAAUAAAUUGAACAGGCACUGUGCUACAAAUAGGAGUGGGCCCAGAUCUAGAAAGCCCGAUAGACUAAAUUAAUUAAAUUAUUAAUACUUCUAUAAGUAGGAGUGAGACUGCUCUAGUAGAGAAACAGUUCAGUCGGUACUUACAGGUUCC